CCUGCCUACUCUCCCUCCCUAGAGGAGCUGCCCCAGUGGCUGCAAGGUCCCCGCCUGCCACAGGGCCACUGGGGCCCCGCCCCAGGCGGGGAGGGUCUGUGCACCGGGAGGGCCUGCCAGGUGUGGCGGUUUCCCUGGGCCUCUCACUUCCGUCCAGGUGUGAGGGCCGACGUGGAGCGCUCCUGCCCGCCCGGCCGCCCCUGGGCGCCCCCGCACCCCUCUGCCGAGCCAGGACAAAGAAAUUCUGAAAGAAGGGAGACAUUGAGGAGGAGAGAGAAGAUUCCUCCCUGCAGGUGGGGGAAGGACCCAGGCUUGGAGCAAGUUUCUUUAAAAGUGGUUGAUGAGAAUAUUUCGAAAUGCCUGAAAAUCCUGCAACAGACAAACUGCAGGUCCUGCAAGUUCUUGAUCGCUUGAAAAUAAAGUUGCAGGAGAAGGGGGACACGUCACAAAAUGAGAAACUCUCUCUGUUUUCUGAGACCCUAAGAAGUCCUCUCUUCAACCAAAUACUCACACUGCAGAAGUCCAUCAAGCAACUGAAGGGACAACUCAGCCACAUACCUUCAGAUUGCUCAGCCAACUUUGAUUUUUCUAGGAAAGGUCUACUCGUGUUCACAGAUGGUGCUGUUCAUCAUGCAAAUGCCCAGAGAACUUCUGUAUCUGGGUUAUUUCCGUGGGCCCCUAAGUUGGGGAAUGAAGAUUUUCACUCAGUCAUUCAACAGAUGGCUCAGGGCCGGCAAAUUGAAUAUAUAGAUAUAGAGCGGCCUUCAACUGGAGGUCUUGGCUUCAGUGUCGUGGCUCUGAGAAGUCAACAUCUGGGAGAAGUGGAUAUCUUCGUGAAGGAAGUGCAGCCAGGGAGUAUAGCGGACAGGGACCAAAGGUUAAAGGAAAAUGACCAGAUACUGGCUGUCAAUCACACACCACUGGAUCAUAACAUUUCCCACCAGCAAGCAAUUGCCUUGUUACAACAAACCACUGGAUCUUUGCAUCUGGUUGUAGCCAGGGCACCAGCCCAUACAAGAUGUAGGGCUUCUACCAGCCUGGCUGAUACAAGUUUGUCUGAAACAGUGUACUGGGGCCACGUUGAAGAUGUUGAACUCAUUAAUGACGGCUCUGGAUUGGGUUUUGGGAUAGUUGGGGGAAAAUCAAGUGGUGUGGUUGUAAGAACGAUAGUUCCCGGAGGAUUAGCAGAUCGAGAUGGGAGACUCCAGACGGGGGACCACAUUCUGAAGAUCGGUGGCACGAAUGUGCAGGGAAUGACCAGCGAACAAGUUGCUCAGGUGCUGAGGAACUGUGGCAAUUCAGUCAGGAUGCUUGUUGCAAGAGACCCGAUUGGUGAAAUCUCUGUGACUCCCCCGAUUCCUGCGGCCUUACCUGUCGCUGUGCCUGCUGUAACCAAGAGCCCCAGCCCUGAAAAUUCUGCUCUUCAUGAAACUUACGAUGUUGAACUCGUUAAAAAAGAUGGACAGAGUCUUGGGAUUAGAAUUGUUGGCUAUGUCGGAAACUCUCAUACAGGAGAAGCCUCAGGGAUUUAUGUGAAAAGUAUACUCCCUGACAGUGCAGCAUACUACAAUGGCCAAAUUCAAGUGAAUGACCAAAUAAUUGCUGUUGAUGGUGUCAACAUUCAGGGUUUUGCCAACCAGGAUGUUGUUGACGUGUUACGAAAUGCAGGGCAAGUGGUCCAACUCACCCUGGUUCGAAGGAAGGUUCUCCCACCUGCUUCUCCAUAUGAACAGGCCUCUGACAGAGGAACUGUCACAGAAGCAUCCAAAGCACCAGCCCUCUUUAUAAGUGGAGCAGUGGAAACAGAAACCAGCUUGAAUGAUGAAGCGGAUAAAACUGGAGAGCAAAUGGAUAAUCGAGAGAAUGAAAACAUGCAAGUCAUGGAAGAAUCAGAAAGAGUCCCAGACAGACCAGGAAGUGAGCUGAAGUCCAAAUGGGAAAACCUACUGGGCCCUGAUUAUGAAGUCAUGGUUGUGACUUUGGAUACACAGAUCGCAGAUGAUGCUGAGUUACAGAAAUAUUCCAAGCUGCUGCCUAUCCACACCCUGAGGCUUGGCAUGGAGGUGGAUUCUUUCGACGGGCAUCAUUAUAUUUCUUCAAUUGCACCAGGUGGCCCUGUUGACACGCUGAGCCUUCUACAGCCAGAGGAUGAGCUUCUUGAGGUCAAUGGUGAGCAGCUCUAUGGGAAGUCUCGCCGCGAAGCAGUCUCCUUCCUUAAAGAAGUGCCACCGCCCUUUACCUUGGUUUGCUGCCGACGGUUAUUUGACGAUGAGGCCUCUGUUGAUGAACCCAGGACCAUGGAAACCUCUCCUCCAGAGAUGGAGACUGAUCACGGUGUAGAUAUCAAUACUGAAGAAGAAGGAGAAGAUGAUGGGGAAUUAGCAUUAUGGUCCCCUGAAGUCAAGAUUGUUGAACUGGUGAAAGAUCAUAAAGGCUUGGGAUUCAGCAUUUUGGAUUACCAGGACCCCUUAGAUGCCACGAAAUCAGUGAUUGUAAUCCGUUCCCUGGUGGCAGAUGGUGUCGCAGAAAGAGCAGGAGAACUGCUACCUGGAGACCGCCUGGUCUCAGUCAACGAGUACAGUUUGGACAACAUCGCUCUUGCUGAAGCCGUGGAAGUGCUGAAAGCAGUGCCACCUGGCACUGUGCGCCUUGGCAUCUGUAAGCCAUUGGUGGAAGAUAAAGAGGAAGAAAGUCAUUAUAUUUUACAUUCAAAUCACAAUGAAGACAAGGCUGAACUUUCCCUAGCAAGUCAUGUUAUAAACUCAUCUUUAAUACUUGAAGCACCAAAGGAAUUUAGAGAUGAGCCCUAUUUUAAAGAAGAACUCGUGGAUGAACCAUAUCUAAACUUAGGGAAAGCUUUCCAGUUCCAGCAAAAAGAAAUAGACAACAGGAAGGAGGCCUGGGAGAUGCAUGAAUUUCUUCCUCCCGGAUUGCAGGAGAUGGGUGAAGAACGAGAGAUGCUUGUCGAUGAGGAAUAUGAGUUCUAUCAGGAUUGCCUGCAGUCCAUGGAGAUGUAUCCCUCACCGCACAUUCAAGAGGCUGCUCCUGUCUCCUCCAGGGAAGAGCUUCACUUUAGUUCACAGUGGCUACGCGACAGCGAAUCACCGAAACUUGAAGACACCAGAUCCAUGAUGAGCAUAUAUUCCCCAGAGACACCGCAGUAUGGCUAUGGUGCUGAAAGCAUGACGGAAGAAAAUUUUGGCAUCAAUUCACGCCCCUCCGUCCCCUCCACUGACGGAAACAGUCAACAAGGCAGAUUUGAUGAUCUGGAAAAUCUUAAUUCAUUAACUGAAAGCAGCCUGGAUUUAGGUAUGGUGAUUCCAAAUGAGGUCCAAGGGCCUGGAUUGCUUUCUGAACUUCCUGUUAGGGAUCAAAGAAGGGAACAAGAAGACUUGUCAUUGUACCAACUCCCCAGAACUCAAGUUGUUUCCAAGACCUCAGCAUACAUAGGAAUGUUGUCUUCUAGAUAUGCCACCAGUGCAUGGUAGAUACUUCUUUUCAGUUUUCACAUCAGAAAUUGUUUUCUUUCUUACUUACAUCUAGUUUUAAAAAGGGCAUGGUUAUAGUAAAACAGUUGGAAAAUACACAGAAAUACUU